AUGUCUGCAGGAAAUGUUUACUCACUCGACGAUUUCUCCAUGUACUUGAUGCCUAAGAGGGUAGCCCCCGUGUGCCCCCCUUGUCAAUUCGAUAUUCUCCCAUCGGUCUUUGAAGACGACGACGACGAUGAGAUUGAAAUCGAGCAAGAGAUGACCGUGCUCUCUAAAGCAAACAAAGUAUUCAGAAAGAUGAUCGUCAGAGCCAAGCACCCUAAACAAUCCUCUCCUAAGUUUUUCUCUGCCUCUCGUCUUCGCUCUAUCACCCUGUCUCGUCGAAGCUCCAAAUCCCCUGUCAUCAGCGUUUCUCCUUCAAAUUCAUCAAAUUGA